AUGGCGUCGACCACAUGUUAUGCUGCCAGUUCAAGCUUUGCCGUCAAAUCCACUCUCGCGCACACCACCACCUCAACUGCUAACACUGUACGCGCUAUAAGCAACAUUGCCAUCAGGCCGUCACGGAAUUCGAUACAAGGGCUGGCGCUGACGCAACGCAGCUCGUGCCGUGGGCCAAGAAAGCUGACCAAUCGUCGCGUGCUGCGUGGAGUGCGAGCCGCAGUAGCAACUGGUCACGCGAAGGCAGCCAGGACAAACAGCGCUGCGAUCCUUCACCGGGUGGAAGAGCUCCCGGACGGCACGGUGGUGCUGCGGUUCGCCGAGGCCGGCACGGCCGGCAGCCACAUGGAGGUGGAGCGGAACGUGGUGGAGUUUCUGCAGGAGUGCACGACGACGUACUGCCGCCUCAUCGAUAAUGACACAAUCGACCAGAUCGUGGGAACCCACGUCACCCUCCAACCAGCCCAACAGCUAUCCCAUCUGGUACUCACCACCGCGCACAACACGGUAUCCGCGCUCAAGGAGACCCUGUCAGGCCACACCCAUCAGCACCACCACGCACCUGCCACAAACGGCCAUGCCUCUGCCAGGGAAACACAGCUUACUGCAGUGAAAACCACUCCUGCACCAGCACCUGCUGUUGCUCUUUCAGCAGCAUCACAGAAACCAGCAGCAGUAGCAGCAGCAGCAGAGAAUGAGAGUUCCAGAGCGAUCCAGCUUGCGCCUACUGCUGUCAAGGCGGUUGCGCCUGUUGUGCUUGUAGCAGCUGCGGCAGCAGUAGUGCAAGUGGCUAAGGCCUUGGGCCUGCUGGGGAAGCUGCCAGAAAACGCUCUCAAGGCGUGGGCGCAGUGGAGCUGGCCUGCUGCAGCUGUGGUUGUAGCGGUGGCUGCUGGAGUGAUUAUUUGGAGCGGUCUCAAUGGAAAGCAAUCAUCAGGCAAGACGCUACAGCUUACGUCAACGUAA